CGGUGAGAGGCUUUAAAACCUUGUCGUUACCGUUUGACGGUAAACUCUGACUGGAGAGGUUGGGCUAGUACCGUAGUGGUCACGAUUAUGUCUAACAGGUAUUAUGCUCUACUGUUACAACUGCUGAACGCUUAACCGCAUGUCUAUACCUGUGAGACAUGGCUGAAAUAAUCGCCGUCAACGCGGGGUUGCCCUCACCGUCCACUAUAAACGUCAACUUCCCGAUCCAGGAGGACGCCAGCGCCGCUGCUGCCGCCCCUCCAGCCUCUCUGAGCAGCGAGGAGGACUACCUGUUUGUGGAGGCCAGGCACCCCAACACUGUCCUGCAGGGCCUCAACAGCCUGCGGCUCAACAACGCCUUCUGUGAUGUGACUCUGUGCUGUGGAGGACAGGAGUUCCCCUGCCACCGCAUUGUGCUGGCCUCCUUUAGCUCCUACUUCCAGGCAAUGUUUUCCACUGACCUGAUAGAAUCCAAACAGGAGCGGGUUGCAAUCAAUGGAGUUGAGCCUCAGAUGAUUGGCAUGCUGGUGAGCUACGCGUACACCUCAGAGGUCUACAUUUCUAAAGCAAAUGUGCAGGCUCUGCUGGCAGCAGCCAAUCUGCUGGACGUGAUGGCCGUUCGAGAGGCCUGUUGUCGUUUUAUGGAGCGUCAGAUGGAUGAGAUGAACUGUGUGGGGAUUCACUGCUUUGCUGAGGCCCAUUCUUGUAAGGUGCUGGAGAAACGCAGCAUGGAGUACAUUCAUGAGCAAUUCAGCAGUGUUUCUCAGCAGGAGGAGUUCCAGUCUCUGUGUGUGGACAAACUGACAGAAAUUAUUGCCAGUGAUUAUCUCAAUGUGCCUAAAGAGGAGAUGGUUUUUGAGGCCGCCCUGUCGUGGUUGAAUAAAUGUAGCUCUCGCAAACAGAGCUUUGAAAAGGUCCUUGAACAUAUCCGGCUGCCUCUCAUCAGCCCCUACUUCCUCCAUGAUGUGAUCGAGUCUCUGGAUGUGGUGAAGGAGAACCUGGGUUGCCAGAAGCUCAUCUCCGAGGCCAAGGACUACCUGCUGCUAAAGGACCGCCGUGGAGAGCUCUACUGUCCCAGAGCGAGGCCACGCAGGUCCACGGAGACAGCUGAAGUGAUAGUGACAGUUGGCGGGGAGGAUGACAAGGUGGUGCUGCGCAGCGUCGAGAGCUUCGAUCCGCUGACGAAUCAGUGGCAGAAUCUGGCCUGCCUGCCCUUUGCUGUGAGCAAACACGGGCUGGUCGUGUCAGACUCCACUCUGUAUUUGGCAGGAGGAGAGUUUCCUGACGGCUCAGCCAGCAGGGAGAUGUGGCGCUACGACCCCUGCUUCGACUCCUGGAUGGAGAUGGCUCCUAUGAAUGUUGCUCGCUCUGAGUUAGGCCUUGUGAUGCUGGACGGCUUCGUGUAUGCAGUGGGAGGGUGGGAGGGACGCUCUCGUCUGGACUCUGUGGAGUGCUACGACCCUCACACAAACUCGUGGCAGUUCACGGAGUCUGUCAAAAUGGCCGUCACAAGUCCUGCUGUGGUGGCCCUGGAUGGGCUGCUCUGUGUUACUGGUGGUGCCGUCCUAGAGGAUGGUGACGGCACAGACCUCGCUCAGGUGUACAACCCUAAAUGUUCUGAAUGGACGGAGGUUGCCCCUAUGCAGAUCGCUCGCUCUGGUUCAGCUGCUUGCACGCUCAAAGGAAAGAUUUAUGUUAUAGGUGGAUGGCAUGCCUCGACAGAGAACACAGAUAAGGUGGAGUGUUAUAAUGCUAAAACCAAUCAAUGGACCAUGUGUGCCCCCAUGAAAGAACGACGUUACCGGCCUGGUGCGGCUGUGGUGGAUGGAAAGAUCUACGUCCUGGGAGGAGAAGAAGGCUGGGACAGAUAUCACGACACUAUAGAGAGGUACUGUGACGAGACAGACACGUGGGAGAUCGUCGGCGAGAUGCCCACCAGUCGCAGCUGGCUCAGCUGUGUGUCUCUCCAGCUGAGGAAGGACCUCCACAUGAGCACCCUUCCCGUGAUGUCAAAUGAAAAUUGACAAUGGAGUCCGAGGAAAUCUUUCGUGGUUUUUUCUUUGCACAGUCAUUGGGGGACGGUGCACUAUAAAGCUCAGUGCCUUGGAAAACGGCUAACUGAGAAGAGAUGCCUGGAUCUGGCACGGCACUGCAUGGCUGUUUGAGCUGUUACUGUCGACAAAGAGUAGUCGGUGACUGCUUGUGGAAUGAGUCUCACUCGGGUCACAUUUUUUGGUGUGGUGGCGAAAGAAAUCUCGUACAUGAAUCUCAAGUAACUGAUUGACGAUUCUGUCGGCAGUAUGAACUCGCUCUCUUUAUGAUGUAUGUUUACGGUACUCUUAAUGUGCGAGCACCUCCAAUCUGUGAACAGCCAACAUAGUGUAUUUUUGUAUUAUUAUUAUUAUUAUUAUUAUUAUUAUUAUUAUUAUUAUUAUUAUUAUUAUUAUGUGACAUAUUUAUUGGGGUGUGACUAGCUGUGAGAAAGAUAUUUAAAAAAUAGUGAACGUUUUUGCUCUUGUCAAAAGAUGCUCUUUGGGCCAAAGAAUUUUCUUGUGAAUAUGUUCAAAGGUCACCUGUGAAAAAGUUGUCUAUAUAUAUGAGAAGUGUUUUUGUAAUUAAAACUUUGUACGUUCUGAAUGAUUGUCUUUACUACCUGUAAUAUGUGGAGUAUAUUUUUGUAAUGUGUGUCAUGCAUUUUAGUGACUUUAAAUGGAGUGGGUUGUAAUAAAGAGUUUUAAUUAUU